AGCCUGCUUCGGGCGCUGCCUGGCGGGCGUGGCGACGUCGGCGCAGCCGGUGCAGGCGGCCCUGCGAGGGCGGCGCGGCGGCCACGCUCCGGCCGGGCUAGCUGUGGCUCUCGGUGGCCCCGGGGGGCUCCCGGCCCGCGCCCCGCGCCCGCCGCCGGCGCCGCCAUGGGCAAGAAGCACAAGAAACACAAGGCCGAGUGGCGCUCGUCCUACGAGGACUAUGCAGAUAAGCCCUUGGAGAAGCCCCUGAAGCUGGUCCUGAAGGUCGGAGGAAGUGAGGUGACGGAGCUCUCGGGGUCUGGCCACGAUUCUAGCUACUAUGACGACAGGUCAGACCAUGAGCGAGAGAGGCACAAAGAGAAGAAGAAGAAGAAAAAGAAGAAGUCAGAGAAGGAGAAGCAUCUCGGUGAUGAGGAAAGGAGGAAGCGGAAGGAGGAGAAGAAGCGGAAACGAGAGAAGGAACACUGUGACACAGAGGGAGAGGCUGAUGACUUCGACCCUGGGAGGAAGGUGGAGGUGGAGCCGCCCCCAGAUCGGCCAGUGCGAGCGUGCCGGACCCAACCAGCUGAAACUGAGAGCACCCCCAUUCAGCAGCUGCUGGAGCACUUCCUCCGCCAGCUCCAGAGAAAAGAUCCUCACGGAUUUUUUGCUUUUCCUGUCACGGAUGCAAUUGCUCCUGGAUAUUCAAUGAUAAUAAAACAUCCAAUGGAUUUUGGCACAAUGAAAGACAAAAUUGUAGCUAAUGAAUACAAGUCAGUCACAGAAUUUAAGGCAGAUUUCAAACUGAUGUGUGAUAAUGCAAUGACAUACAACAGACCAGAUACUGUGUACUACAAGCUGGCCAAGAAGAUCCUUCAUGCAGGCUUUAAGAUGAUGAGCAAAGAGCGGCUGUUAGCUUUGAGGCGCAGCGUGUCGUUUAUGCAGGACAUGGAUUUCUCUCAGCAGGCAGCUCUCUUGGGCAGCGAAGACACAGCUGCUGAGGAGCCCAUCCCUGAGGUUGUGCCCGUGCAAGUAGAAACUGCCAAGAAAUCCAAAAAGCCGAGCAGAGAAGUGAUCAGCUGCAUGUUUGAGCCUGAAGGAAACGCCUGCAGCUUGACCGACAGCACCGCCGAGGAGCACGUGUUGGCGCUGGUGGAGCAUGCGGCUGAUGAGGCUCGGGACCGGAUCAACCGGUUCCUCCCAGGUGGCAAGGUGGGCUACCUGAAGAGGAGCGGGGAUGGCAGCCUGCUCUACAGCGUGGUCAACACAGCCGAGCUGGACGCCGACGAAGAGGAAACCCACCCGGUGGACUUGAGCUCACUGUCCAGCAAGCUGCUCCCAGGCUUCACUACACUGGGCUUCAAGGAUGAAAGGAGAAACAAAGUCACGUUUCUCUCCAGCGCUAGCACCGCACUUUCUAUGCAGAACAACUCAGUGUUUGGUGACUUGAAGUCAGAUGAGAUGGAGCUGCUGUAUUCGGCCUAUGGUGACGAGACGGGUGUGCAGUGUGCACUGAGCCUUCAGGAGUUUGUGAAGGACGCUGGGAGCUACAGCAAGAAGAUGGUGGAUGACCUCCUGGACCAGAUCACAGGUGGAGACCACUCGAGAAUGCUCUUCCAGCUGAAACAGAGGAGAAGUGUUCCCAUGAAGCCUCCAGAUGAAGUGAAGGUUGGGGAUACUCUAGGGGACGGCAGUGGCUCUGUUCUGGAUUUCAUGUCAGUGAAGCCGUAUUCCGAUGUGUCUCUGGACAUCUCCAUGCUCAGCUCUCUGGGGAAGGUGAAGAAGGAGCUGGACCAUGAUGACACCCACUUGUCCUUGGACGAGACAACCAAGCUCCUGCAAGACCUGCAUGAGGCCCAGGCGGAGCGGGGUGGCUCCCGGCCGUCGUCUAACCUCAGCUCCCUGUCCAAUGCCUCUGAGAGGGAACAGCACCACCUGGGAAGCCCUUCUCGCCUCAGUGUCGGGGACCAGCCAGAUGUGACCCAUGAUCCAUAUGAAUUUCUUCAGUCUCCAGAGCCUGCAGUCUCAACAAAGAACUAGCUUUGUAGGUAGUUUUUAAUUGUUUUGUUUCCCUUUUUAAGCUUUAAUUUGCAUGUGCAGAGUUUUUAUGAGACAGAAAACUUAUCUUGUCCCCUUUGGCCCACGGGAAGCAGCCAGGGAGGUGUGAGCCAUCUGUACUGUCACAUCAGCAGAAAGACGGUGUCAUUGUGCACAGGCCCACGGAUCCUGAAUAGCGACAGUAAUACACGGAGGAUGUGUGAUCAGACUAUGGAGCCUGAUGUGGUCUAUUCUGAAUAUCCUGGUGUGGCUCACCUAUUUCUGCCCCACUGUCCUGGGUCUGGACUCACUAUCUGUCCUGUGUGCUCCUGUCAGAAGCCCAUAUUUUCCACAACCUUUGGGGAGCACAUGGGAUCGGCUGGGGGUGAGGGCAGCGUCCCAUUUUCUGUGUAAUGGAUGUGCCUGAGGAAAGAGUGUGUUCUGCUGUAAAAGAGUGAACUGUCUGCAGGUUACAAUGAAGCACUCAGUGUCUGUACAUUCUUUGUAACUGGAUGUGUUGACAGAUGCCUGUGAGUGUCCACAGAGCUCUGUAAAGAUGGAUUUCAUUAGAGCUUCAUGCAGGGCUCACAGGUGUCAAUUGUUCCUGGCCAGUGAGGGGCCCUCCCCAGGGACUUCUUUAUGCCACUUGCUGGUGUCCCUUUUUCCUGGUCAUCCAGCCCAGUUCUCACACCCACAGUGAUGUCUGAGCUGGUCUGUGCGUCAGCAGAAGCUCUAGUUGGGGCCCUAUGUCUGAAGACACAAGGCCCUCCACAAAAGCACACAUUGGAGCCUAGCUUUCCUGGGGAAUGUUUGUGGCUGGAGCAUCUGCUGUGGCUGAUAUGAGUUGAAAGGAGCUCAGGGUUGGGUGAAGGUCAGGCUAGCAGGGCCAUGACCUGGUGGCCCAGAGAUGAGCCCCACAGCAGAGCUGCAGGUCUGGGCGUGUUGGUGUCUGGGGUAGGCGUACUCUGCCCCUGAGGACUCCAAAGGCUGGGGCUCUCUGGGUGUAGGACAGAAGCUUCCUAUAGUCGGGUGACCUCUAAAGACCAGUGCAGCGUCCCCUUCCUGGAGUGUCCUUCUUCACUGGUGCGUGGCUGCGUUCUCCAAGUCACGCAGAGGUAAUAUGAACAUGAUGUGCAGGAGCCAUUAGGCCUUCAGCUUAGGACAUUAGGAUGGGUGCUUGGCCUGCUAUCCCAGGCCUCCUGGAGCGAGAGGUCUCUGCUGGAUGUGGUUGUUCCUGAACCCCACCCUGAGGGCAGAUGCAGCUGCCGGCUUCCCAGGCAAGGGUCUCCAGGAACUUGGUGCCUUGCCUACCUUGCUGCCUAAGUGUGGAAGAAGAAAGAGUCAUCCGACCUGGGGGGUCUCUGUUUUUCAAAAAAGAUUUUGUUUUGGUAAAAUUUACAUAACAUAAAAUUAAUCACUGAUUUUUUUGCAAAGCAUUCAGUUCCCUGUCAUUUGCUAGAUGGCAGCCACCACCUUUCAGGUUCCAGAGCACUGUCACCACCCUGGAGGGGAGCUCCUGCCCGUCGGCAGUCACCACUCCCUACCCCUGGCAGUAACAGUCCUUUCUUGCCUUCAGUUUACCCGCCCUACACACACAUAUCCCUAGGAUCUUGCGAUGUGGUCCAUCUGCAGUGCAGCUCGCAUCAGCAUGGGCCUGGGUGGGACCUGUACCUUCCACAGGCUCCCAGGCUCAGGCUGCUCCUAGUGUUGGCAGCAAUGGGGCCUAAGGCUUGGGCCAGCCUAGUGGGCCCCUGCCAGAGGAAGCCAGUGGUCCCCCUGCAAAGGGACUCCUGGUGGUCAGAAAAGCUGACCAGGCGACCAGGGACAAGAGGCAUUCCUCAGGCCACACUGGGCAUCCGUCACAGGCCAGCCCAGCUGGGGGUCCUCAUGCCUUAGGUACCAACCCUCAGGGAGAUGAGGAAAAGCCUCAGGCUGUGCCCUGGGGCCAUCUGGGUCAAAGUGCUGGGUGGAGCACACGUCCUCCAGCACUUCUGCUGGAGGCUGUACUCAUGCAGGCCUAGAGGCCUGGUAGUGCAUGCACUUGGGUCCCCAGCUCCUCACAGCUGCUGCUGCUUGGUUCCCAGAGCAUCCUUUGAGGACAGAAAGUGACCAAAGAUCAGCACAUGACACAGGGUGUGACAAAAAUGGUAGGGCAUGCACUCAAGAGAAGAGGCAGAGGUGGUGGGCCACCCAGGAUGUGAUGAGACUGCCACAGAUACAGCAUUGUCCAGGGCUGGGAGCUUACGGCUUUUGUAUCUGUUUCUCAACAUCUGUAUGUGCCCUGAUCUCGUACACUUUCGAGGUCAUCUUUCUCACAUGCUGAGGUCUGCAAAGGAGGGCCUGAGUGUCCAGGUUGCCCUGGCCAGCUGGGGAAUCCCUGCCAUCCCUACAGAAUUGGGGUGCCUGGGUGUAGGAGCUUCCUGGUCUCCUUCAGAGGCACGCAGGGGCUGUGCAUGCUGGGCUGAGGAAGGCUGCUGUGUGUAGGAGGCUUCAGCACUUCUGAGGGUGAAAGCUCAUUAGUCUUGGCCUGUGCAGGAGUGCUUUCCUCCUCACAGUGUUGUAAAAGCUGCGGCUGCGAGAUGCGCACUGCACCCACUGUAUGCACAGUGUCCAUAGAGUCUAAUUCCAGGAACUGCUGUUUUUCCUAAAGUCAAGCCCUUUGCAGAUGGAUGGGGCUUAGAAGUCGCACACCUUUGGGAGGGUGCUGGUGCCAUUCUCUAGUCAGUCCUUAUAACAGUUCUCAUAUCUUCCCAAACCUACUGCUCUGCUGUGCUCUUGGCUGUAUUCCAGGGGUCUGAGGCCUGUGUGGGGUGGCCUGCCCUCUGCGCUGGGUGUUUGGUGGCAUUGGACAGUGGGCACUCUGCCUUGCUGUGCACCCACCAAAUUAAUGUUGGGAUUUGAUCUCCAGUGUGGCCCCUGAUCACAAGUGGACCCCCACAGCUAGCUGCGGCCCUCUGCUUGUCCCCCAGGAAUGGAUCCACUCCCCCAGGGUGGCUUCCUCGGCGCCUCUGGCACUGUGUGAUCUCACUGCACGAGGUUCCCCUCCACUGUCCACCUUGGGAGAAAACAGCCCAAGUUCCCACCAGAUGCCCCAUCUUGAACUUCCAGCCACCAGAACCACAAACUGAGUAAAAUCCCUUUUGUAUAAGUCACCCAGCCCCAGGCCUCUCUCUGCAAUCAGGCAGCUGGCAAGCACUGGGGGUAAAGCCUGCAUGGGGAGGGCUCUGGUGUCUGCCCUUGGGAAGAGCCUGGAGACCAUGCCCAGGGGCCACAGGCUUCUCUUGCCCCUGGGGGUCACAGGCCAGGAAGGUAGCACAAGGACAGUGCUAGGGACAGUCAUGGUCCCUGCAGGCUUCUGUCCCCUUCUGAUUCUUUUUCUACUUGAGGGGGAACCUUGGGGUUACCUGCCUAGGGCCAUGGGGGCACCAGUCCCACCCUUCUCCCUUGGACUGGCCUGUGCUCCUGGUGCCCCUUAUUCCCUGAGGCCCCCAAGCCUGGUCGUCCUUCAGGCUGUUACUGUUGGUCCUGCACCCUGCCCAGCAGGGGUUCCCUCAGGGCACAGUACAGUCCUAGUCGCCCUGUGGGCAGAGUUGCUGUCCACUGACUUCAGUGCUCAGGAAAUGUUCCGAUAUCAGGUGGCACCUUGAGAGAGGGUCUGCUGAUGUUCUGUGGGGUGAGAGGCCCACCUGGUGCAGGAGAUGGAGUCAUUUGUAGGGGGCAGGGGCCCCUCCCAGUUCCCGCAAAGUAGAAGCCCCCAGAAGCCCAGCUGUGUUCCCACAACUCGGUCUGUACAGACCCAAUGUCACCCUGGCCAGCCAUGACCCUGCAGGGUCAGAGGCCCAGGGAUGGAGCAGAGCUCCCAGAAUGGGGUGAUAGGUUCUAACCCUUUAUGACCCUUGUGGAGAGCUCAAGCCCCUUGGCCUUCCUUGCUUCUCUGGGUACACUGCCCUCAGGGCUCCCUUGAGCUCUAGGGAAAUUUGACAGCUGCUAAGGGGGAUGUGGAAAAGGUUGGGGCUUCUGUGAGCUCAGCAUCUCUGUGAUCCCUGUGCUCUUCCCUGGUGGUCGCAAGGUAGCUGCUGUGUGGAAGACCCCUGAUGUGCAGGCCCCCAGCAGAUGCCUCCUUGGCACUGGCUCCCUCUUGGCACAGCCUUGGGGCAGCUGCCUACUGGCCCCAGCUGUCAUGUGGGUGGUGCCUCAGGAAGGCCCUGGAGGGAGGGGCCUGCUGACGUGUGGGGCCUCGGGGUGCUGAGUUCAGGUGUUGAAAUUUAACAGCCAGUGUGAAGGAUGGGGGGGUCUAUAAGAGGUGGAGGCUCUGCCCCUGGGAAAGGGUUGAGGCUUACACGGAGUUCCUGCUCUUGCCCUUCUGCCUUCGUCCUGUGAGGGGCGGCAGCAGGUGCCAUCUUGGAAGCAGAGACCGGGCCUCAGCAGACACCAGACCUGCGGGUGUCUUGAUCUGGAACCCCUCAGUCUCUGGAAUGCCGACAA